UUGAAAGCUAAGGUGUAUAUGUUCUUCGCGCAACCCAAUCCUGCUCAACCGUACCUUCCUGCUGGUGUACUCAAUAUCGAACAAAAUCCCGGAAACAUUCGAAUAAAUGGAAUGCUAACUGGAUUCUCACAAGGUCAACAUGGUUUUCAUGUGCACGAAUCUGGUGAUCUUGGCAGAGGGUGCUUGGAUGCAUUAGCGCAUUACAAUCCUUUCACUAAGGAUCAUGGCGCUCCAGGACAAUUCUUUCGAUCAAUCAGACAUGUCGGUGACCUUGGAAACUUGAUGGCUGAUAGAAAUGGUAAUAUUGUCAUCUUAAACACGUUCCUCCGCGUUGGACUGUUUGGUGCAAACUCGAUAUUGGGUCGUGGUUUGGUUGUUCACGCAAAUCGUGACGACCUUGGCUUGGGUGGUGAUCAGGGUAGUAGAACUACUGGUAAUGCAGGUGGUCGUGUUGCGUGCGGUGUUAUUGGAAGAGUGGUUAGUAGUCAUUUCAUGCUGAUUGCUAAUUGA